AUGACCGCAUCACCAGAUCGUGAGAGAGUUGGAUCUUCCCGUGACAUCGUUCAAGAUGCAAGAAGUGCUAUUGGACGUCUUGCAGAGCGUUGUUCACAACCGAAUGGCUUUGGGUCUUUUAGUAUAUCCAUCUAUGACACAGCAUGGCUAGCCAUGAUUCACAACCCUGGAGUCUCAGGUCGUUGGCUCUUUCCGCAAUCGCAUUCCUACCUCUUACGCCACCAAGCCGAGAAUGGAAUGUGGCCGACCUAUGCCUCACCCAUUGAUGGCAUUCUCAACACGCUGGCCGGGCUCUUGGCUCUUGUCAAGCAUCACAAGUCUGACGCCAUCAGCGCUGACAGUCCGCAUCCAGCUGAGAGUUGGGACGUGCCGAAAAGAAUCGAGAAGGCGUGUGGAGCCCUUCAGCUAGCACUGGACGACUGGGAUGUGAAGCAGACUCUGCACGUCGGCUUUGAGGUGCUUGUGCCGGGUCUGUUGAGGCAACUCGGCGAGGAAGGAGUUACCUUUGAAUUCAACGGCCAACCGGCGCUUAUGGCUUUAUACCAGAAGAAGCUUGCCAAAUUCCGCCCAGAGAUGCUUGCAUCGGAACACCCGACUACGUUGCUGCACUCUUUAGAAGCCUUGGUUGGCUCGUUCGAUUUUAGCCUUGUACGGCAUCAUUGUAGCGCCUACGGAGGCAUGCUAGGAUCUCCAUCAUCAACAGCUGCUUAUCUCAUGCAUUCGAAAGAGUGGGAUAUCCGAGCGCAAAAAUAUCUAGAAAACGUCGUCAAGAGUUAUGGGUCUUGCGGUGGUGUACCAAGCGGCUUCCCUACUCCUAUAUUCGAGAUCUCGUGGGUCGUCUCGACACUAUUUUCGAGUGGUUUAAGCGUCGAAGACUUCCACGAUAGCGAUCUUCACGUUAUCGCCGAAUACCUACAAAAGGCCUUCGAUAAUCAAAAAGGUAUCUUGGGCUUUGCCCCCACUUUCCUUCCUGACGCGGACGACACAGCAAAAUCGCUACUUUCGUUGACGGCUCUUGGUGUGCAAAUCGACCGCGCGCCUCUCAUUCGGAAUUUCGAAGGCAGCGGUCACUUCAAAACAUACCAACUAGAUGGGACACCAAGCCUGAGCGCGAACUGCAAUGUUCUCCUCGCGCUUCUUACGGCUCCAGACGUUGACCAAUACGCCCCACAGAUCGAGAAAGCAACUAGGUUCCUGUGUAGCCGUUGGAGCGCAAAUAGACUACAAGACAAGUGGAAUUUAGCCCUGUUAAGCGUCUAUGCCAAUGGCUCGCUGAGACGUCUAGCUGCGGAACUCAUUAGAAUCACCGUGCCUGUCAUCCUCGUUCAACUCCUCGGUCGUGCCCUGUUCAAACAGCAAGCCAAUGGGUCGUGGGAGGACUCGGUUGAAAGAACGUCGUACGGGGCUUUGCUUAUUUCUUAUGCCCUCAAACUGCCCUGGCCCACUCCCGUGAGACAGCAGGCCGAAGCCGCCUUGCUCAAAGCCAAGACAUAUUUAGAGGCUCACUCGGACGAGUGGGCGACCGGCGACUAUGCUUGGAUCGAAAAGGUGACUUACAAGCUACCAACGCUUUCCGAGACGUAUUGCCUGGCAGCCAUGCGAUCGUCCGCGAAGGCGCAAUCGUGGACGCCGGAGAUCGAGCAAAUCUUCGAGGCUAAUAGCCGCCUCCCGCUUCUUCGAGGGCUCUCGGAAGCAACCAUGGCCUUCGCGAUCUACGAAGCAGCCAUGUACUUCAAGCGUCUGAAGCAAGUACGCCUGGACGUGUUUCCCCGCGACGACAUAGCCAUGUCGGCAGACAAGUACCUCGAGUACAUUUCGGUCGCGUGGACAACCACCAACGCCGUGAACGGGUUCGCGCUGUCCGGCGACGAGAUGUGGGAGAUGAUGGUCAUCUCGAUGCUCAACUACCAGGCGGACGAAUACAUGGAGUCCGUCGUCACGCGUCUGGCCGAGCCGAGCAGCCAGGUCUUGGGCGUUAUUGGCGCGGAGAUCCGCCACGGCGAGCAAGGCCUUCCCGCCCAUCUGUCGCUCCAGUCAGCGGCCGCUUUCCAACCGACGGUUUCCGGCGCCGACCGCGGCACGCCUCCCGGGUCCCCCGCCUUUGCGGAUGUCGCUGAAGUACUAUUCAAGUACAUCAGACACGUGAAGCAGCAUCCGGCUCUGGUGAAGAGCCCGGAGACAGCCCAGUUGCGCGUGCUGCAGGAGCUCGAGAAGUUCCUGCUAGGACACAUCGCGCACAACGCCGACAAUGUGAAGCUGAGAGAGCGCCGGAAUGGCGGGGGUCGCGGUCGGCACGAUCAAGUGCCAUACUAUGAUUGGGUCCGUACGACGGGUGCUAACGACACGAGUUGUCCGUAUUCGUUUUCCUUUCUCUGCUGCCUCAUCAGCGCCGACGGCUCGCACUGCCUGGCCUCCACGGAGCAAAAGUACCUCGCCCGGGAGAUGUGUCUUCAUCUAGCCACGCUUUGCCGCCAGUGGAACGACUAUGGCUCCGCGAUGCGAGAUGACGCUGAAGGCAACCUCAAUAGCCUUCACUUCCCCGAAUUUGCAGAUAAAGAUGGGGAAUCCAUGUCCUCUUUAACGGCCGUCGAAGACGGCGGAAGAGAUCGUUCGCUCGAGAGGGCGAAGGAAUUGUUGAUGCAGGUGGCUAAUAUAGAGAGGACCUUGAUGCAGGUUUCUUGGGACGCGCUCUCGCCGAGCCUUGAGGAAGAUGUAAGAGCGAAGAUGAAGGCGUUCAUCGAUGUCACGGAUUUAUUUGGCCAGAUAUAUGUGGCUCGAGACAUUCCUAGCAAGGUGCUAGUAUAGUGUGCUGUAGAAUAUAGUUUGAUAUUUGACUACCUAAGAUACUACUUGCGAAACUACAGAGAGACCCUUUCAGGAUCAUGUUUCGUGGCAGCGUCAAUGUUGAAACAAAUUGACUUAUAUUAAGAUAGAUACAAUAUAUCCCCCAGAUUCGACAUAGGUAUUCUAUCAAAAACCUAGCAGGAAAGGUUCGAAAAACUUCCGCUGGGUACCUACCUAGAUACAUUGUAGAGCGGUUGAAAUUUGUACUAAAAAUUCACUUACACAUAGAUACCUUUAGUUUAAUAGAGAGGUACAUAUGCUGAUCUCUCUCUUAGUGCUCUUGAAGACCGUUCAUUGGCUGCGCAACCGGUGCGAUUGGUGGCGUCUUACCCUAUGGCCUAUCUGAGAUGGAUGGUCUUGCCAGCCUGCGCGGCCGGAGGUGGAUCUUCAUCAUCUAGGACAUCAUCUCUUGUUUGGCUACCCUACUCUCGUAAAUUUCCUUGUGGGAUCCCCCGAAAAAGCGGAUUGGUCGUGGAGAGCCUUAGUCAAGGAGGAACGUGACUUCAUCAUUCUCUACUAUGGUGAGUCUCGAAC